AUGGAUCCUUUCAUGAGUGUCAUAAGUGAAGACUAUGCCAAGAUCAAAGAAUAUGCAGAUAUAAAAAAUUCUUCAAAUGAAAAUGAACUUAAAUCUGUUUCUAAGCACAUUAACACACAGCAUGAAAUACGUAAUAUAACUGAAAUGUCACAAACUAUUGAAGUGAACCCGUCAUCUGAGGAAUUGACAAUUGAAUCCUUCUUUUUAACAAAUAAGGACCUGGAAAAGUUUUUAAAGGAUCAAGCUGGUAUCAACUUUAAUGAUACAUUCAACUGCAUUCAAUUCAACAAGCCCAAAAUUACAAUUAAUAAUGAGUCAAAUAUUUGGAGUGGAUCAUUUGAUUCAAAUAUCUCAAAUUUCCUUUCCAUAGAAUCAAAUAUAUAUUUUGGAACUUCAGCCACUUCACAUGCUAAAGUUGGAAAACUGAUUAAAUUACUUAUAAACAAAAAAAAUAAAAUUGACGAAAUGUUAGAAUCACAACCUGCAUAUAUUAUAGGACCUGACUUUCAAAAAAAUUCCUCUGUGCCAAAUAUUUCCUGUUGGACUAAUGAACCACUUGAUGCAUUGAUUUUAGAAAAGCUUGAAGAAUUGUUUGAUGAUGAAUAUGAAAUUGUAGGUCAUAUGAUACCAAUAGGUACUGAAUCAUUAACUGCAGAUGAGAAAUUUUCAGAUUUCUUUCAAGAGUUUAAUAUUUCUGCUUAUUUCCAGGCAAAGGUCGAGGUCGAUUCUCUUAAAAGAAAUAUUUUAAAAUUUUCUAUAGAUGUAAAUGAUUGUGGAAUGGGACCAAUGCUUAGUGAAAAUUGGCCAUUACUUCGUAAACUAGGUUCUGGUUAUUUUCUUAACUCCAUUGAAAUUAAGGUCGCUCCAAUUAAAGACGAAUCUAUGCCUGACAGUUCCUUAUACAAAAUAAAAGAUGGACCAUGGCCACAGCAACUCAAUAGAGAAAUUUAUAUGUCAGAAAUUCGUGCAAAUAACUAUGGUAUCGAUGCAGCAAUCAGUAGAGAUCCCGGAGUUAAAGUAAGCCACAGUAGAAAAAAUGAGCAAGGUUUCAAUUUUUUAAUAAAAGAAUGGGAACGGAUUGUUACUAAUGGUUGUAGAGCUGGAUUAUGCUGGGAAUACCAAUAUACUACUAAUGGCCUUCAAAAUAAUUUAAAUCAUAGAAAAAGCUUUGCUCCUGGUAAACAUUCCUGUCAUUGGUUUACCUUGAAAGCAAUGAGUGGAUUUCGUAUUACUAUUACUCAAACAUUACGUUGCGAGAUUACUGAUUGUUGGUGGCGAAAGUUGAACCCAAAUACAGGAUCAAAAUUGAUGAAAUUGUGUCCCAAGAUGGCUCAUACUCUUGAAAUAACUUUUAAUAGUCUUGAAAGUUUUAAUGAAAAAUUUGCAAAUCUUAAAAAUUCCGUAGAAUUUCAUGAAGAUCAACUUAACAUUAACAUUACUUAA